AAUUAAAAAUGAUUCAACAGUAGAUGCGAAAAAGCAGUCGUCUCCUCCAGAUUAAACCAAACCAGACCACAAAUCUGAAGAGACCCCUUUCUCCUUCUUCCUCCCCACCCCCAAAAAGAGAGCCGAGAGUUUUGUGUGAAUCUGGGUUUUCGAUUUCAUCUGGUAAACAGAGGGAGAAUCGAAUCGUCAUUAUUGUGGAAUAGAUCGGAUCGAUGGCGAAUCUGUACGUGAAAGCGGCUCCACCGCCGGAUAUGAACAGGAACACGGAGUGGUUCAUGUACCCAGGGGUGUGGACGACUUAUAUACUCAUCCUCUUCUUCGGAUGGCUCGUUGUGCUCUCCGUCUCGGGCUGUUCCCCUGGGAUGGCUUGGACUGUUGUUAAUCUCGCUCACUUCGUUGUAACGUAUCACUCCUUUCACUGGAUGAAAGGAACGCCUUUUGCAGACGACCAAGGAGUCUACAAUGGUCUCACCUGGUGGGAACAGAUGGACAACGGUCAGCAACUUACCCGCAACCGCAAGUUCCUUACCGUUGUUCCUGUUGUCCUGUACUUGAUAGCAUCACAUACAACAGAUUACAGGCAUCCAUGGCUAUUCCUCAACACACUCGCUGUGAUGGUUCUAGUUGUGGCCAAGUUCCCUAACAUGCACAAGGUACGCAUCUUCGGGAUCAACGGUGAUAAGUAACGUUCUUUAGCAAACUCAGAUCCAUUUCUUUUCUGGCAAGAGAAAAGUGGAUACACAUAUAUGUAUAAAAUGUUGAUAUGAGUUGGUUUGGAGUUGUCGGAUAUUUUGUAAGUAACUUUGAAGCUUUGAAUUUCUUCUUUUUUAUGUUUUCUUUUUUAAUAUAUAGACACGAAAUUCAUAACAAAA